AUGGGAUCCAAAGGUGUGCUCAAAACGGAUCAACAAAGCCAUUGCAAGUUAGAGUGGUUUGCCAUAUCAGGGGCGCACGAGCAAAUUACUGAUUGUCCAUGGCAGAACCCUACUGCUCUGGAUUUCUGUAGUCACGGAAGGAGAGAGCUAUCGUACGCUGCGAGAGACGGACAUGUAAACUUCACACAGCAGUUGAUGGAGAAAGGCGCUGAGCUGGAGGCCGGGGACGAGUCUAGUCGGACACCGCUGUCAUGGGCGGCAGGAGAGGGACAUGAGGCAGUGGUGACGCAGCUGCUCGCGACGGGUAAGGUCGACGUCCACUCGAAGAGUAACAACGGCCGGACGCCGCUCUCGUGGGCAGCCAGGUGGGGGCACGAGACGGUGGUGAAGCAGCUGCUCGCGACGGGCAAAGUCGACGUCAACUCGAAAGAUAACGACGGCUGGACGCCGCUCUUAUUAGCAGCGGCGAACGGGCACACGGCGGUGGUGAAGCAGCUGCUCGCGACGGGCAAGGUCGACGUCAACUCGAAGAGUAAGCACUUCGGCUGGACGCCGCUCUCAUUAGCAGCCGCGAAGGGGCACGAGGCGGUGGUCAAGCUGCUGGUAGAGAAAGGGGCAAAGAGAUCCUAG